CUCCUACCAAAAAUCACAGCCCCGUGGAGCCCAGGCUCUCAUUCACAGCUUUCUAGAGAAAUCUGAGCUCGAACCUGCCAGAAUAGGGGAUCUCACCCACCCCGUUCAGCCGCGCGAGGACACCUGCAGAAACACAUUCCCAAAGCAAGGCUGGGCGGCUUGUGUGAAGUAAGCAAUGGCUUCGGUUUUGCUUCUCUUUGGGAUGGUCACCACAUCAUAGGGCCUGAAUGUCCGACGACUUUCUGGGAGCAGAAAGAAGAUCCUGUAAUUGUCUGUUUCAGUGGCAGUCUGGUGGUAAGAAGAUUAUUGAAUGAGCCACGGUGUCAGCACAUCAUCAGGUGAAUGGGACCAGUCUCUCUUCUUCCAAAAUAUCAGAAAUUAAGCACUUGGAAAGGAGAUUUGAACAAGAUGACCCAUUUGCAGGCUGGACUCAGUCCAGAGACUAUAGAGAAAGCACGCUUGGAACUGAAUGAAAACCCAGAUGUUUUACACCAGGAUAUUCAGCAAGUCAGGGACAUGAUCAUCACUAGGCCUGACAUUGGAUUUUUACGUACAGAUGACGCCUUCAUCCUGAGAUUUCUCCGAGCCAGGAAGUUUCACCAAGCCGAUGCCUUUAGACUCCUGGCCCAGUACUUCCAGUACCGCCAACUAAACCUGGACAUGUUCAAAAACUUCAAGGCAGAUGAUCCUGGCAUUAAGAGGGCCCUGAUUGAUGGAUUCCCUGGAGUGUUGGAAAACCGCGACCACUACGGGAGGAAGAUUCUUCUGCUGUUUGCUGCCAAUUGGGAUCAGAGUAGGAACUCCUUUACAGACAUCCUCCGUGCCAUCCUGCUAUCAUUGGAAGUCCUUAUUGAAGAUCCGGAACUUCAGAUAAAUGGUUUCAUUUUAAUCAUAGACUGGAGUAAUUUUUCCUUCAAACAAGCCUCCAAACUGACACCUUCAAUCCUCAAACUGGCCAUUGAAGGGCUGCAGGACAGCUUUCCUGCCCGCUUCGGAGGAGUCCAUUUUGUCAACCAGCCCUGGUACAUUCACGCCCUGUACACGCUCAUCAAGCCAUUCCUUAAAGACAAGACCAGGAAACGGAUUUUCCUGCAUGGAAACAAUUUAAAUAGCCUUCACCAGCUAAUCCAUCCAGAGUUUUUGCCCUCUGAAUUUGGAGGAACCCUGCCUCCUUAUGACAUGGGAACUUGGGCUCGGACAUUACUCGGUCCUGACUACAGCGAUGAAAAUGACUAUACUCACACUUCCUAUAAUGCCAUGCAUGUCAAACACACGUCCUCCAACCUCGAGAGAGAAUGCUCGCCCAAACCCAUGAAAAGAUCUCAGUCCGUUGUAGAAGCUGGGACCCUGAAACAUGAGGAGAAGGGAGAGAAUGAGAACACUCAGCCUCUCUUGGCACUGGACUGAACCCAGAGUCACCCCGAUGCUCCUGCACACCGGCCUUCAGUGCUAUCAGCUAAACAGGAAGCACACGCGCAACCGACCCACAUGGACAUGUGCAUCCUGCCCGACGCGAGGUCCUCCACUCUUGACCCCAGAGAUGACUGUCACCAGCCAAGGGUCUGAGCAGCCAAAGUUGAACAAGGAUUUGAGAGAUGCUUUUUUUUU